CUGCUGGAUUUUGCCAUGGCCCACGGGGAGCUUGGCUGGCUGACCCAUCCCUAUGGGAAGGGGUGGGAUCUCCUCCAGAACGUCAUGAACGAAUCCCUCAUCUACAUCUACUCGGUCUGCAACGUGAUGGAAGGUGACCAGGACAACUGGCUGCGGACCAACUGGAUCUACCGCAGCGAGGCUGAGCGCAUCUUCAUCGAGCUGAAGUUCACGGUGCGGGACUGCAACAGCUUCCCGGGCGGGGCCAGCUCCUGCAAGGAGACCUUCAACCUGUACUACGCCGAGUCGGACGUGGACUACGGCACCAACUUCCAGAAGCGCCAGUUCACGAAGAUCGACACCAUUGCGCCCGACGAGAUCACCGUGCGCGAAGACUUCGCCUCCCGCAACGUCAAGCUCAACAUGGAGGUGCGCACGGUGGGGCCCCUGAGCCGCAAGGGUUUCUACCUGGCCUUCCAGGACAUUGGGGCCUGCGUGGCCCUGCUCUCCGUCCGCAUCUACUACAAGAAGUGCCCCGGCGUGCUGCAGAACAUGGCGCUCUUCCCCGAGACCAUCGCCGGCGCUGACUCGCAGGCGCUGGCCAAGGUCAGGGGCACGUGUGUGGAGGAUGCGGUGGCCAGCGAGGAGCCCAGCAUGCAUUGCAACUCGGACGGGGAAUGGCUGGUGCCCAUCGGGCAGUGCCUGUGCCGGGCGGGAUACGAGAAGGUGGAGGAGAGCUGCAAAGCCUGCCCUGCUGGGUCCUUCAAGCCGGACAUCUCCGGUGAUGCCUGCUCCAAGUGUCCCCCCCACACGCUCUCCUCUCCUGAAGGUUCCACCUCGUGCCCAUGUGAGGAAGGCUAUUUCCGGGCGGCAGAGGAUCCAGUGUCUUUUCCCUGCACCCGUCCCCCUUCUGCCCCUCACAAUGUCAUGGCCGUCGGCUUGGGCGCCAAGGUGCAGCUGCGCUGGUCCCCGCCCCGCGACACGGGGGGCCGUAAGGACAUCACCUACAGCAUCACGUGUGAGCAGUGCUGGCCGGAGUCGGGGGAGUGUCGGCCCUGUGACAGCAGCAUCCGCUACUCGGACCAGCCCCAGGGGCUGACCAGGACGUCUCUGACCGUCAGCGACCUGGAGCCGCAUGUUAAUUACACCUUCACCGUGGAGGCCAGGAACGGGGUGUCCGCCUACGGCCCCAGCCGCAGCUAUGGCACUGCGAGCAUCAGCGUCAACCAGACAGAGCCUCCCCGGGUGACAUCGGUGAAUUUGGACAGCCAGACUGAAACCAGCCUGAGCAUCUCCUGGACCGUCCAGCCCCGGCAGCAGAGCCGCGUCUGGAAGUACGAAGUCACCUACAGCAAGAAGAUGGAUGAGAACAGCUACUCGGUCCUGCGCUCCGAAGGGAACUCGGUGACCCUCUCCAAGCUCACACCGGGCACCAAGUACUUGGUGCGGGUCCAGGCCCUGACACAAGAAGGCCAGGGGGCCUACAGCAUGGAGUAUGAGUUUGAGACGCGUGCUGAGGGUGACAUGAACACGGCGGCCGCGGUCGGCGGCUCUAUCACUGGGAUCAUUUUGAUACUGGUCGUGGUAGCUGUCGCCCUCUACCUUCACCGAAGGAGAAGGCGCUCACGGGCCCGUCAGUCGUCUGAGGACGUUUACUUCUCCAAGUCUGAACAGCUGAAGCCCCUGAAGACCUACGUGGACCCCCACACCUACGAAGACCCCAACCAGGCGGUGCUGAAAUUUACAACUGAGAUUCACCCCUCGUGCAUCACCCGGCAGAAGGUGAUCGGUGCAGGCGAGUUCGGGGAAGUUUACAAGGGGACACUGAAACACGGGAAGAAGGACAUCCCGGUGGCAAUCAAGACCCUGAAGGUUGGCUACACGGAGAAGCAGCGCAUCGACUUCCUGAGCGAGGCCAGUAUCAUGGGCCAAUUCUGCCACCACAACAUCAUCCGGCUGGAGGGCGUCGUCUCCAAGUACAAACCGUUCAUGAUCAUCACUGAGUACAUGGAGAACGGAGCCCUGGACAAGUUCCUGCGGGAGAAGGACGGUGAGUUCUGCAUGAUCCAGCUGGUGGGCAUGCUGCGGGGCAUCGCCGCGGGCAUGAAGUACCUGGCCAACAUGAACUACGUGCACCGGGACCUGGCUGCCCGCAACAUCCUCGUCAACAGCCAGCUGGUCUGCAAGGUGUCCGACUUCGGCCUGUCCCGCGUCCUGGAGGAUGAUCCCGAGGCCACGUACACCACCAGCGGCGGCAAGAUCCCCAUCCGCUGGACGGCCCCGGAAGCCAUCUCCUACCGGAAGUUCACCUCGGCCAGCGACGUGUGGAGCUACGGCAUCGUCAUGUGGGAGGUGAUGUCCUACGGCGAGCGGCCCUACUGGGAGCUCUCCAACCACGAGGUCAUGAAAGCCAUCAACGAAGGCUUCCGGCUGCCCGCCCCCAUGGACUGCCCCUCCGCCAUCUACCAGCUGAUGAUGCAGUGCUGGCAGCAGGAGAGGAGCCGCCGGCCCAAGUUCAACGACAUCGUCAGCAUCCUCGACAAGCUCAUCCGGGCCCCCGAGUCGCUCAAGACCUUGGCGGACUUCGACCCCCGGGUGUCCAUCCGCCUGCCCAGCACCAGCGGCUCGGAGGGCCUUCCCUUCAGGACCGUCUCCGAGUGGCUGGACUCCAUCAAGAUGAACCAGUACACGGAGAACUUCCUGUCGGGCGGCUACAACGCCAUCGAGAAAGUGGUGCAGAUGAGCAACGACGACAUUAAGAAAAUCGGGGUACGCCUGCCGGGGCACCAGAAACGCAUCGCCUAUAGCCUGCUGGGGCUGAAGGAGCAGGUGAGCAUGGUUGGCAUCCCGAUCUGA